AACGUGGGAAGUUGGAACACACUGUGACCGAGACUCAGAAGUUAGAAUACAAGAACAGCGACAUCACUUGGCGUUGUCUCAGGCUCCAGAAGAAUAAUAAGUUUGUUUUGCAACGAGCUCUCUCAUACUUACGCGUUCUUCUACACCAUGAACAUCUUGAAUGGUACGAACCAGAAAUCAGUCGGAGUCCUUGCUAUAUCGAAGUCGCCUGCUGGGGGUACCAAACGAUCUGCCGAUGCUCUGGAAUCGGAACUUAUCUUGCCUGCUGGAGAUACUGAGAAAAGACCUUCAAAGCGAAUCCGCACGGAAAAGGAUGAGUACUUAGACAUUUCCCAGCAUGACGACCACAAAGAAGCAUUACCUCCUUCAGUCACAAUGUACCCACCUCUCAAGAGACCUCGAGAUGAGACUGAGCCGAACAUUGAUUCUUCAAACGAACACGUGACGUUAGAAUUGAAACAACUGGCUUCUGUCGAUGAUCAGUCCCCGAGUACCCACUCUAAAUGUGAUGAUCGCAAACCCGCUAAACGUCCUCGCGUCGACGAGAGCGCCUCCCCAGACAACUCAGAAGACGGCGAUACUGUGAAUAAGGUUCUACUGUUGCCGAUGGAGCUGCUUGAUCUCAUUCUCGAGCAACUUUGGGAGCCUGAAAAUAUCGAGUGUGCCUCCCAUUUCACAUUGAGUGCAUUUGCUCGCACCUGCACGAGAUGGCGUAGUGCGGCCAGACCUCAUAUUUUCCGCUAUAUUUUGAUACGGAGCGAGGAAAGUCUCUGCAGGUUCGCUGAGCUUGUCCGUGCCGAGCCAAACAUCGCCAACUGGAUACGCAAAGUACGCAUAGAUGUGUAUCCUGAGCGUCCUGACUAUGGAGAUCUGUCAGAUUUGUCAGAUCAAGAGGAUCAGGAGGAUCCCAAAGGCUACGAAGAUCGUUGGGUAUAUCAAUUUCCCACCAUUCUCGGUGUCACUGCACCGAAUAUCAGGAUUCUGGAGCUCUUCCAUUUCAAACCUAUCUAUGAUCUUCGCGAGGACCUCGAAGCUUUCGCCUGCUGGAUUCCUCACUUGGCACAGCUAAAGUCGGUCGAGCAUUUGAACCUAUGGGAAUGCCAGAUGAGCGCAAACGCCAUGACCGCUAUGGUCCGUGCUCUUCCGAGCCUGACAAGGGCUUUCUUCGUCGAAUGCGACUUCCACGCACCGGAAAAGGCACUACUUUGUGAUUGGUCGAGCGGUUCGGAUCGUCAGUCUCCUUCCACACCUGCUCGGUCGGCUUUAGCACUGGAAGCGGCGCCUGCCCCAGAAAAAAUCGCAAUAAGCUCUUCUACCAAUCGUUCUUCUUUCGACGAUCAUGAUGCGCCGGUGGUCUAUCCUCUGCUUCACCCCCCACCAACAUUGCAAUCGCUGGUCAUAGGCAACGAUGAGACAGACUUCGACGUAAUCGACUUUGAGAUGUUUCGCGACUGGCUCGAUUCUGGCGUAUUAUCCUCAAGCCUCAGGUCCUUGCAUGUUGGUAGCGAUGUCGAUACUGAAUCGCUACGCAAGUCUAUUGCUAGCCUUGGUCCAUCGCUUGCAUUGGAGUAUUUGAAAAUUUCCCUAUUGAUUGAUCCUGAAUUUGUUGUCCCAAUCGCAAAGCAAGUCUCUAAUUUACCCAACCUCAAGACCCUGCGAAUAGCCACUCUGUACCUUGAACGUGACCAACCUGAGACCCUUCACCAGUUUCUCGUUUCUCUAGAUGCACCCAGCGUACGAAGCCUGACAAUCAUCAUGGUAGAACAGGAACCCGUUGAAGAUACAAUAGUGAUAGACGAAUACCUCGCUGGUGACAAGUUUAAGGAUUUUCAUGAGUUCCGACUCGAGUUUUUGGAGGCGAACUUAUGGAACUCAGUGAAGGUCAUGGAAGAUGUGGCGCAGGCGAUGUUCCCGUUAAUGUCCAAGAAACCAGUCUUCCACGUCGAGUGGUUCAAAUACAUGUAUCCAUAUCCGGGGUGUUACUGAGUUUCUCUCCCCUUCCGCUCUGUUCUUGGCCCAUCGGUUGUUGAUAAUACAUAGAUACUGUACGUCCAAUAUUUCAGUACCAGUGUAUAGUACGCAGUACAAGCUCGGUACAGAAUAUCAUUGUGAUUCCGAGUUCAUCCUAGCCAGCUGUACUACUAAGCCGUUUAUUACAGACGUCGAAAGGUUAUGCUCUUGCGCAUUCGGAGAAUUUCCACUAUGAGGCUAGGGAACAGAAGGUAUGUCUGCGGGUCCUCAUGGGCGAUAUGGAAUGAAGGAAGAGGAACGAGAACUUGGACCGCCUAUCGAGCAGCAUUGUGGUACUCGUGGUAGUGCCUCCUUGGUGCCUCCUAUGGGGGCGUGCAAGCCUCGUGGAAGACUUGUGAAGACCUGCUAAUAUUGUGUCCAGGAGUAUACUUAAUUAAAAGCGAGUAUUACGC